UAGAUGGGGUUAUCUCCAACAGAACGUCACCAGGGUCAUGACGAAGUUGCGGGAGGGCAUGGACUUGAAGGCGUACAUGGGCAUCUAUACAGCCGUCCACAACUUUUGCACAUCCCAAAAAGCCGUCAGCUUCCCCCUUCAGAGUCACGUUAUUGGCUCUUCUCAGCGAGGCGCUCAUCUUCUCGGCGAGGAUCUCUACAAGAAGCUAACGGAGUAUCUCUCCGAACACCUUCUAACACUAGUGGAAGAGUCGAGGACCCACACAGACGAGGCACUGCUGGCGUUUUAUACCAGGGAAUGGCAACGCUAUACCACCGCUGCCAAGUACAUUGAUAAUAUGUUCAGCUACCUCAACCGCCACUGGGUCAAGCGCGAGAUUGACGAGGGGAAAAAGACUGUCUACGACGUCUACACCUUGCAUCUAGUGCAAUGGCGCGACGUGCUGUUCGCCAAGAUCUCGGAGAAGGUCAUGGCAGCCGUCCUCAAGCUCGUCGAGAAGCAGCGCAACGGCGAGACCAUCGAGCAUAAUCAGAUCAAGCAGGUGGUCAGCUCGUUCGUGUCGCUGGGCUUGGAUGACGGCAAUUCUUCCAAGACGACACUCGACGUCUACCGCUACCACUUCGAGCGCCCCUUUCUCGAGGCUACCAAGGUCUUCUACCAGAACGAGAGCAACCAGUUCGUGGCCGAGAACAGCGUGGUGGAGUACAUGAAGAAGGCCGAGGCCCGCCUAAACGAGGAAGAGGAACGGGUGAAGCUCUACCUGCACCCGGAAAUCGCAAUUCCCCUCAAAAAGGCGUGCAACCAAGUAUUGAUUGCCGACCAUUCGGCCAUCUUGCGUGACGAGUUCCAGGUUCUGCUGGACAACGACCGGGAAGAGGACAUGGCGCGUAUGUACAACCUCCUGUCGCGCAUUCCCGACGGCCUGGACCCUCUCAGGACCAAGUUCGAGACCCAUGUCCGGAACGCCGGACUGGAGGCUGUUGCAAAGGUUGCUUCGGACGCCGACAAGCUGGAGCCCAAGGUCUACGUCGACGCUCUGCUCGAAAUCCACACGCAAUAUCAGGGACUCGUUAAGCGCGCGUUCAAGGAUGAGCCCGAAUUCACUCGGUCGCUCGACAACGCCUGCAGGGAGUUUGUCAAUCGCAACGAAGUGUGCAAGUCCGGAUCGAACAAAUCGCCCGAACUGCUCGCCAAGUAUACCGACGUGCUGCUCCGCAAGAGCAACACCGGGGUGGAGGAUGCCGAGCUGGAGAACACCCUCGUCCAGAUCAUGACGGUGUUCAAGUACAUCGAGGACAAGGACGUGUUCCAGAAGUUCUACUCUCGCAUGCUGGCUCGCCGCCUGGUCCACAGCAACUCCUCGUCCGACGACGCCGAGACGAGCAUGAUCAGCAAGCUCAAGGAGGCUUGCGGUUUCGAGUACACCAACAAGCUCCAGCGCAUGUUCCAAGACAUGCAGAUCUCCAAGGAUCUCAACGCUGGGUUCAGGGAGCACGUCCAGACACUGGGCACCAAGGGUCUCGACUCGUCGUACUCGAUCCUGGGCACCGGCUUCUGGCCGCUCACUGCCCCCGGGACCAACUUCAACCCGCCUGAGGAGGUGGCGGCGGACUGCGAGCGGUUUAGCCGCUUCUACAAGAACAAGCACGAGGGCCGCAAGCUCACGUGGCUAUGGCAGCUUUGCAAGGGCGAGGUCAAGGCAAACUACGUCAAGAACCCCAAGAUGCCCUACACGUUCCAAGUAUCGUGUUACCAGAUGGCCAUCCUGCUCCUGUUCAACGAGAAGGAUAAGAACACAUAUGAAGAGAUUGCCUCGGCAACGCAGCUUAACAAUGACGCGCUCGACCCCUCGCUCGGCAUCCUGUUGAAAGCCAAAGUUCUCAAUCUCGAGGGCGCUACCAAGGUAGGCCCGGGAGCAACGUUCGCGCUCAACUACGACUUCAAGAGCAAGAAGCUCCGCGUCAACCUGAACGUGGGUAUGAAGUCGGAAACCAAGCAGGAGGAGGCCGAGACCAACAAGACGAUCGAGGAAGAUCGCAAGCUACUUUUGCAGUCGGCCAUCGUGCGCAUCAUGAAGGCGCGCAAGCGCAUGAAGCACCAGCAGCUCGUCAGCGAGACCAUCAACCAGAUUCGCGCCCGCUUUGUGCCCAAGGUUAGCGAUAUUAAGAAGUGCAUCGAGAUCCUCCUCGAUAAGGAGUAUCUCGAGCGUCUUGACGAUGACGAUAUCGGGUACCUGGCUUAAAAGAAAUAGCCUGGUUCAUCCGGCAGGGAUCUGCAGAAUCCUUAGUUUGCCCCGCCGUGCCUUGCUUACCCUGCCGGCCCCUCUCGACAGAGGCGACUUCAUUUCUUUACUUACAUAACAUACCAGCGGGGCGGGGCGAAAAGGGUUGUGAGAGGUUCAAGGCGGCGGAUUGCACUCGGUUCGGCAGCCGGGUUGGUUUGGUCGGGAGUCUUGCUGAUCGGUGCGAUUGAUCGGGGGCAAGGUUUUGGGGCGAGCAAACGACGAGUUAUGUAUGAGUACAACCAACACAACGACAACACCAAUGAAGUGACCGGCUGCUCUGGUUCCCAGGACUUUUUUUCCCCACUUGAAACAGGAAACAGCAGGGGAGGGCAGCAGCUCUUAUUUCAUUGUCGCCUUCUUAGCUUCAGUAUGAUAUAAGCUAAUACGAGGGGGGAUAUGUGGAGGGUGGGUUACGAGGAUGGAGUUUAUACAAUCCGGAUGAGGACCGACUUCUUCUGUUCAACUGAAGGGAGCGUGAAGGCUGUCCCUUUACGUAUACUGGGAUCCGAAUCGAGGGAAAAGAAUUAAAGAGUGUAGCCCAGCCUGUUCAUGCGAAUAGACCAAGGACCAACGGUUUCUUUUGCUUCUGAGGGGAUCUUACAAGUUUGACAGGUUCAGGACAGCACAGACAGUUCAGGAAAGAAAGCAUCGAGAUAGCACGCCAAGAUGACCCGCCGCGAGCCAUUAUUACUCAAUUACCGUGGCUUUC